UUUUUAGGGUCUGUUGAGGGCCGAAAUUUUGCCUCAUUCCCAAUGCUGAAAAGCAGGUGUUUUUCCCAAAAUGAUGCCUAAAAAUUCCCAAAUGAUGGAUGCUUUGAUGAGAAUAUGCCAUGAGGGGCCGUCCAACCUCAGUGCCACUCUGUUGCACAAAAACAAAAAUGUAUCGACCAGUGUCCAUCAUUAUGUUGUAGCUGCAGUGUUAUGUGUAGUGACGCAUUGAAAGACUGAUGUGUCCACUGGUCUCCAUCAUGGUUGAAUACAGCAUUUCUAAUGUCUGAAUGUGUCGACUUGUGUCCAUCAUUAUGUUGUAGUGUCCCAUGGAAUGACGCAUUGAAAGACUGGUAUGCCUUCUGGUCUCUUCCAUUGUAAUGGUAUACAGCGACAUUGCAUAGUCUGUUAACUUGUGAUGAUGGCAAACAUUGACUCUCAAACAACAGACCUUCUGAGGUUCGGGCCAUUGGGUAAAAUGAACCUGACAUCCAAGGAACAGGUGACCCCUCACAAAAUUUCCCUGUUGGUUUUGAUAUAUGAAUACUGUGAACUAAAAAAGAAACAGAAUCAGCCAUUCAUAUUUGGACAGAAUGUCCUGGACCCAGAGGAGAGAAUCUCCGAAAACGAGAAACGGGACUUCAUGACACUGAUUUUAAAACUCCUCCAGAGCCCAGACUUGUCGCUUAGAGAUUUACUGGAUCAAACACAGAGCAUCCUCAAACCCAAGAUAUUUGAUGAAUUUACGGACAGACUGAAAGAAUUCUAUGAGGAAGACAUUCUGCCCCUGACGGAUUUCUUCCAGGAACUGCACAGGAUGUUGUCGGAACCCAUCGCUCCGGAAAUGCCCGUCAUCAGCAGCAACAGUGUGUUGGGGCUGUUCUUCCGGCGGAUGAUCCUCAUGUUUGAUUCAUUAUCCUUCAGUCAGGUGACCGCUCUGUAUAAUCAGUUCAAACAUUACUAUGAAGAAGUGAAUGUUCCACACCAGAUUGAUGAGAGUGAGAAUUUUGGUGGUUCUCUAAUGGACUCGAUCACCAAAGAAACGGAACGGCUGACUUGCAGUGCUCUGGGAAGAGAGUCCAGUCAUUAUGGACUAGGGCCGAUGAAAUCGGAGAGUGGUGGAUACUUCUCGCACAAACAAGCAGAGUACUUUAUAUCCAGACAGGGGUUUCUCUUACAACACAACGAGAAGGAGGCCAUGAGUCCAAAGGAACUACAGACCCAGAUCUCCAGCAUGUUACAGUCCAACCCUGCCUUAGCAGAGGCCCAUUUCCUCAGCUACAUGAACAAUCUCCGUGUAAAAGAAUACUGCAAUGCGCUACACAAUCUCUUCCACUGUUUUGACAGAAACACUAACUUCUCGGAUGACAGCAUCACUAAUAAAACGGUGGAGGAGGACGUUAGUCGCAGAUAUGCAUCGCUGAACUUGGCUGGACUUCACUUCCGAUUCGGCCACAAAGAGGAAGCUCUGACGGCUCUGCAGGAAGCUAUUCGCAUGGCCCAGGAGACAAACGAUCAUGUCUGUUUACAGCACGCCCUCAGCUGGCUUCACCGAAUAGAAGACUCGGGGAAUGCCAGGACGGCCAAUCUGAUAGCCAGAUCAGUCGACAAGAGCGAGGAAUUGUCCCUUCCCAAUAUUACGUCUCUAAGUGUCCAAGCUCUGGCCAGACACAACGCCUUCUCCACGGCCAAACCGUCCAGUGUGAUGGAGUACACACUGAAGAGUGACGUUCUGAACUGUCAACACUCCCAGCCACAUUUUAUGUGUGUCAGCUAUGCUCAGAAAUCAGCACUCUGGCAUAUGUAUGGGAAGCAGGAGAGCUCCUCCAUGUGUAGUCAGCUGGUACUGAAUUUAGACACCUCGGAGGGGGGUAUUUAUCACAAUGGGGAGGCUGUGUGUCUUGCCCUGUGCAAUCUAGCAAGGAUAUUCGCAGAAGAGGGAAACUACAUGUUGGCUUUGGAGGUUAUCAAUAAUGCCAAGCAGCGAUUCCCUCCGCAAACUCAGCACGCUCACUUGUGGAUGACAUACGAACAGGAAAUUAUGUUCGAUCGAUCACUGUUAAGUCUCAGAGAUGAGCUUGCCUCUCAAGCCCUCUCUGGUUUGCACGCUUUGGAUGAAGAUGAAUACAAACUAAGAUCGGGAAUAUUCAAAAUGGAAAAGGGAGAUGUAAGCUCCUCACAGACAAUAUUAAGAAAACUGAAAGAGCACGUUCAGGCGAAUGUGCACAAGUUUAGUCCCGAGUUUCCGUGCCGGGUGAUGUUAGCGAUGGCCGAUCUGUACAUUCAGACUGGUAACCAUGUAUCAGCCACCUCCCAGAUUUUGGAAUGCAUCACCAGCGCUAAGGAGCAUCACUUGGACUACACCCAUUCCUUGGCAGCUGUGUACUUAGCGUUCGUACAGCUACUUAUGGAGUUACCGGAGAAAGCACUAACACUAUUGGACCAGCACAUGGUGACAGUACUGUCCCACGGGAACUGUUUGGAUCGGGCCCGGACGCUGUACUGUUACGCCAGGUGCACUGUGGCAGCCGGCAGUAAACUGCCAAAAGCGGACAGGAAGUCUUCUCUGUUGCUAGCGGUCAAGCUGAUGAUGAAUGUGAUUGAGUUAUUUAAUAAGCUGGAGGCCCACAUGAGAGUGAAGGAUGCUACUUACUACUUAGCCAGACUCUACAACGAGCUGGGAUAUAAUGAUGAACGUAACAAGUGUGCUUACGACUUCAGACAGUUGGAUUCCGUGUUCCCGACCAACAGUAGGACGGCGGUGUUACGGUUAUAACAUCCAGAUUAGAGAUCUUACAUGCAUUUCUUGAAUUUUGUUAAUGGUAUUGUAUGUGUACUUAUUUCAGCGGUAUUUACAUUUUUGUUCCUCUGACGCAUUCAUUUAGUGCAUUAAUUCUGACCAGUGCCAAAAUUUAGAUUUUGUGUAUGUAUUUCAUGCUCGGUCCAAAUUAUCCGAGACCUUUCGUGAUCUACAAAUUCACUAAAUGUUGAACACGCUGAUAUGAGGGCCCAUGCAUUGUACUAAUGAAUUUUUACUAAUUUGUUAAGAUUAAAUUAUUCAAUUUG